CAGGGGGUUUGACUAGAUGACCUCCUGAGGUCCCUUCCAACCCUGAUAUUCUAUGAUUCUAAAACAUAAGAAAAGUUGCAGGCAGAAAACCUUAUGUUGCUUGAGGUUUCUGAUUUUUUAAAAAAAAUGAUGUCACAUAGACUCACUCCUCGGAUUCAUUCAUAGGGUCUGAUCCAAAGUCCACUGAAGUCAGUUGGAGCUUUGGAUGAACUUUGAAUCAGAUGCUAGAACCUGAAUCUGCAUUUCACUAACAUUAGAAAUAAUCACGGACAUUAGAAAUGCCUAUGGCUUGGGUUGCGGUUAAAGCAAUCACCACACGCAGUCUCUGCCUCACUUUGUAAUUUUGUAUUUCACAUCAUACAAGCUUAUGUUUGAUUAAGAAGUGACAUAUUUCCCCAAACUCACAUUUGAGCUUUAACCUUCAUCGUAAAAUGUCACAUAUGCACCAACUGGUUCCUGCUGACCUCACUUAUAAAUAGAAAACAGAAGUCUCUAAUAAGUCACAUUUAUUCUAGGAUUGUAGUAAUUCUAUAGUUCAUCUGUAAUCAGUGCCAAAUGCUCUGUAUCAUUGUCCUUGAUUCUUGUAUAAAUGUUAUAUACCUGCUGUGCUGUUGGGCCUGCCAAGUGAGGCAUUAUCAGUGCUUGCUUGUUAGCUGAUUUCUCUGCAGCUCCUUCACCAGUGAGAAUCAUUUUAAAAUUUGAAAACCCUUGUGUAAUGGAUCAUCAUCAGCAGGGUUUGAAGCUGGGACCUGUGGUGCCUUUACUGCCUGAGCUAAAGAGCCCAGGUUCCAUAAAUUGCUCUAUGACUAGCCACUGGAAGGGGACAGAGAGUCAUGCUGUGUAAGCGUGGCUGCACCACUCCUCUUGGCUGGAGAAGAUACACUGAGCUUCAAAUGUCUAAGCAGUUCAAAUCCAUGUAUGGACCUCUAGUUAUAAUGCAACCUUCCUGGCUGGCUGUAAGCAUGGAUUGCUCUUGCUUUAGUUGGUGCCAUUUUGCUGUGAGGUCUCCUUGCAAAUCCUAUAGACUUGAAAGAAGAAAUGGCUCCACCUUUGGCCUGAUAUAACUUCUGACGUCAGGUAAUGUUUAGUAAGCACUAUGGAGUCCAGUUUGAGAAUAUGAGCCCAGUCAGAGUCUGCCAGGAUUCUGGAAACAUCUAUUUCCCGGUGGCCAUGCUGAAGGCUUGUCACGUGAAUGUGUGCACGGAGAGUAGCGUAGUCACUCCCUUUCUAACAUUACAUCAACAGUUGCUCCCGUGGCAGUACCAUGAUAUCUGUCAUUGCACACUCCUCUUCUCUGUGGGGCAGAUUUUGAAAAGAGUUCAGCUCUUACAAUUGGGGCCAGAUUUCUGAAGAGCUCAGCUCUCAUUUAGGCAUCACCAUCAGUGGCCACAUAGUGAAAAGAGAUGAGCUCUUUUGAAAAAUCUGACCCUGUAAUUCCUUCCCCCUGACUUUUUCCAAAUCAAUAAUGAGUAAGGAGAGGUAAGAGAUUCCUGAGGACAUGAUCACAGGUAAAGGGGCCAAGGAGUAGCUUUAUCUGAGGCACAAAACCCAAGAGCUCAGAAAAUUUAAAUUAAAUAGGUAACACAGUUAUUGCACAUUAAAAUAACACUGUGGGGUGGAAUGGGAGGGAGAUAAAGUUCCUAAACAAGAGGCCAGGUUAAAAGAUUGUGUAAAUGUCAUAUUUGAUCAUAUAUAUUGUUCAGGUGUAUAGAAUUUAUCUUUGGGCCAGAUGGUUUGUGACUCCUUCUACUGGCAAACUUUUAUUCACAUGAAUAGUCCUAUUGAAGUCUAUGGCUUGUCUUAAUAAGUGCUCAUCAUGAUGAUUGUAAAAGACUCCACAGUCUUGCCCGUAAUCAAAUGAAAACAACAUUGUAAUUCACUGGGAGGUUCUGUUGAUCUCAAGGGCCAAAAUUUCUAAAGCAGCUUUUAAAAUUGUGCCCACAAUGUGUCACAUCUAAGUUUUUGCCUAUGCAAAAUCAUAUAGAUUUGUGCAUACCUGCUACAUUGAUGCAUGCUUGCAGAGAGGAAGAAAGGGUUUUUUUAGCCAAAUCACAAACCUGAGAGUCAGAAUCCUGAGUUCUAUAGAUUCUGGCUUCUGGUGUCUCCUGGGACAAACCACUUAAUCUGUUUUGACCUCACAGGGUUGUGAGACUAAAUAAGUUAAUGCUUGUAAAGUGCACUGAAAUCUUUGGAUAGAAAGGACUGUAGAAGUGCAAACAAUUAAUAAUACUGGCUGAGAUUUUCAAAGCUGCCUAAUGGAUUUAGAUGCCAAAGUCCCAUGAGAAAUUUUAAUGGGACUUGGGUGUCCAAAUCCCCUAAAAAGUAUUGAAAAUCAUCCCACCUAUUAUUAUUAACCAGGUAUUUAGAUACCCAAAUCCAAGUAUAUGCUUGGGCAAAACAAACACAUGAAAAAUUGGCUGCAACUUUUGAAGGCCCAGAAUAAAUAUGAUUUGCUUAAGGAUCUUCCUUCUCUUAAGGUCACUUGUGAAAAAUGUAAGCUAUUUUCACUGUUUCACUUGGUGCUUUGUGUGUCUAACACUUAACUUGAAUUGUUUAUCAUUCUUAAAAAUUAAAAUGUUAAAUAUUUAAUAGUUAAUAUACUUUCUCCUUAAGUGAAAUCAAUGAUCAGAUGCUUCCAUUUACUAUGCUGUUAGUAGAAUGGUAUCAACAGUUUCAGUGCUACCCAGAAAAAGGUGGUAUUAUAUUAUUCUGUGGCUAUGGCUUAUGGAGAAAUUAAAAGGUAAGUAUAAGUUGAAUGAGAUUUUUCCUUGAUUGUUGUGAAAUAUGAAGUUGCCAGAGGCUUCUACUACAGAACAAAUGUGAGAAUUAGAGUGCUAUUGUAUUGUCACUUGUAUUGUACCUAUUCUUUUGUAAUCUCCACAUGAAUCUUUGAACGUUUAAAUGAAAGUGCAAGCAGAAGUGUCAGCAGGUACAGAUAAUGGUAAAAUAAAAGCCAACUGAAUCCACAAAUUGCAUAAUUAACUAUGCAUUGGCAAUUCUUGGCACACACAUGAAGUAAUGCUAACUUGCUUGGGCAGCGGGAUGAACAGAAGUGUUUCAUUUUCAACGUAGAGAAGGAGCCAGACAACUGAACUAACUGCAGCUGGCAACUGGUCCUAAAUUCACCAUGACUCCUUCCACCAUCGCCACUGAAAGGGGCCACCUUUAAAGUUUUUUGGCCAGCCCAUUUGUGUCCUCAAACUUUUUAUUAAAAAAAUAAUCAGGUAAAAUAUGUUUGCAACACGUGCAAUGUUUACUGUUCAUCUAAUACACAAGUGUCUACAUCUGUGUGCUUACUGUUAAAUUUGUUAUAUUAUAAUGAGCUUUAGCUACCAUGUGGCAUGCAUGAACCGAAUUAUAAUUAUGUUGCAUGUACAGUUUGUCAUACUACAGGUAUCUGGAUUACAAGCCUGCAUGUUCAGUGUUGUUGUUAGCUAAUUGAGUGCAAUUACUUUAGUGCAUGCAGCAUCUGAAAGCCAUCUCACCAUACUGAGUGAAACAUUAUGUUGCAUGUUCUGUUAAUAAGUAGAUCACAGGAGUGGAAUAACUUAUAUUAGCGAUGGGCCUGAAUACAAAUCCUGAUCCUAGUCCCCAAUGAACUUUGUGGGGAUAAGGUAUUGAACCCUGCUCACAGUCCAGAUCCAGAUCUUGUGGUUGGACCCUACCUUCAUAAGGGGCUGAACCAAAACCAUAAAUACACACUUUUCCAUCCAUUCCCCCCGCCCCGACUUUUGGAGAGGAGGUAUUCAAAAUCCAAAUCCAAGGUACAGAACUAGGCUCAGGCCCACCACUAAUUUAUAUUGAUGACAUUUCAAUUCAUAUAGUAUUUCUUUACAUAUUUUGUAUUCUUUACAGAAACUUAUUGCCAGCAAAGAUCACCCAGAAGGAAGGAAGACAUUGGGAGGGAAAAAUGGCUCCACUAUAGCUUAUGAAGAAAUUUAGGGAAGCAAUCAGCCGUGUUUGUGAAGCAGUACCUGGAGCCAAAGCAGCCUUCAAAAAAAGAAAGCCACCAAGCAAAGUUCUCUCUAGCGUCUUGGGAAAGAGCAAUCUUCAGUUUGCAGGAAUGAACAUAACUCUGAAUAUAUCCACCACCAGCUUAAAUCUAAUGACUCCUGAUUCAAAACAGAUCAUAGCAAAUCAUCAUAUGCAGUCUAUUUCCUUUGCCUCUGGAGGUGAUCCGGAUACAACAGACUAUGUUGCAUAUGUAGCUAAGGACCCUGUUAAUCGCAGAGCGUGCCAUAUACUGGAAUGCUGUGAUGACCUGGCCCAAGAUAUUAUCAGCACCAUAGGGCAAGCAUUUGAACUUCGAUUUAAGCAAUAUUUACGGUGUCCCUCUAAGAUACCUGCUCUCCAUGAUAGGAUGCAGAGUUUUGAUGAACCUUGGAUGGAGGAAAAUGGAGAGCCAGCAGAACAUCCCUAUUACAACAGCAUUCCUAAUAAAAUGCCCCCUACUGGUGGCUUUAUUGAUGCUAGAUUCAAAACUAGGAUCCCAAAUGCCGCAGAUACUGCUCAGUCGGCUGCAGCAGGAAGAGAACAAACAUACUACCAGAGUCGACACUUCGGAGACAAAUUCAGUGAAGACUGGCAGCAUGCUCCUGUUAAACAAGGGUCCUUGGACAUUUACAGCGUGCCAGAAGGGAAGCCUCAGGUAACCCCAACAGGAGAGGUGCCAGCUUAUGUGAACACCCAACAUAUAAACAUGGAAGCUCUACUUGCACUUCAGGCAGAUGCUGAAAGUGCAUUCAGUGGAACAAAAGAGUGUACCAAAGACAGCAGUCCAAGAAAAGAUCUGUUUGAUAUGAAACCUUUUGAAGAUGCUCUCAAGAACCAGGCCACUGGGCCUGCGCUGAAUAAGGCUCCCUCGGUUGAGUGUACCAGUCCUCCAUUACCCAGAGCAGCUAACUGCACUAUAAUGAACGAGCUGAAUACAGAGCCUUGGUAUCAAGGAGAGAUGAGUAGGAAAGAGGCAGAACAGCUGUUAAAGAAAUGUGGAGACUUCCUGGUCAGGAAAAGCACCACAAAUCCAGGCUCCUAUGUGCUGACUGGUAUGCACAAUAGACAAGCCAAACAUCUUCUUUUAGUGGAUCCGGAAGGAACUGUUCGUACGAAGGAUCGUGUAUUUGACAGCAUAAGCCAUCUCAUCAACCAUCAUCUUGAGAACAAUUUGCCAAUAGUUUCCGCUGGAAGUGAACUCUGCCUCCAGCAGCCAGUUGAGAGGAAACAGUGACCCAUGGUGACAUGUUCAGCAUUUGUAAGCUAUAACCACUGCAGUGGACACUGCAAACCUGGAAACACGUACAUUAAAAAAUACACACAUAUAUCUAUCUAUCACCAAUAUGUUUUCUUGAGCUUUAAAAAGCCCCAUCCCGUACAGUACCACUUGACAUUUCUUACUGCUCUAUGCAGACAUGAAGUAUGAUUAAAAACACAGAUAGAUUUCUUAAAAUGUAAUUUCAAUAAAAUUAUUCUGAAUCUUUAAUGUGAAUAUUGACAGUGUACAUACACACAUUAUACAUAAAUACAGUAAUAUAUUUAUAUUUUUCAAGUCUGUCUGUUGAAGGUAUGGAACUAAUGUUCUGUGCCAUGUGUUUUUAACUGAAAAAGAUGCCCAUUGUGAUUGUUCAGAUAAAAAUAGAAUUCAACAGUCUCAUUUCCUUGAGAAUACAAUAUUAGAAGUCUUAUUUGUAAUUUUAUCUAAUAAGCACAAUUAUGGUGAGAACACAGGCGGAUUACAUUGGUUAAAUACCAGUUGAGGGGAUUAAAUUCAGUAGCUCGUAUUCUAACAUGGAAAUUUAGCUUGAAACAAUUUUUAAAAGCAUUAUUCAGUGUCACUGAGUUCAAAAGCAUUUUCUCUUUUUGAUGUCCAGUUUGAAUUCUUAUAUGAUGCUACUCAAGAUAUGUGUAACUUGCUUUGACAAUGACUUGGUGUGAUCUCUCCGUGUACAAGGUGUAUGCAUUUAAUUUUUCUAACAAUAAUAUAAUUGAACUAAUAUUCUGCAGCUUUGAUUUAUUAAAUUCAAUACUAAGAUUAUUUACAAAUAGUUCACUUCUUGUGCUAAAGAAUUAAUUGUUUUUGACUGCCAGUCACCAAUGAGAUGUCAUACAUUGAUUAAGAGGGUUCAAACUGCUUGUUUUUUUAAUAUAUUUGGUGCAAGAUGCUUGUGGUUGGUCAAAAAGACACACACAAAAGUUUUUUUUUUUUCUCAUAGAACAAUGACAAAAAUGAAUACCUAGAAUGUUAGUCCAUUUAAAUGAUCUAACUUUGAUUCACUUAGUUUUUAUGUGCCUCUCCCUAAAGUAUAGCUUCAAGUUAACCUUCAGCAAGUGAUUGUUUUUAUAAAUUUAUUGGUUGUCUCUAAUUAGCAGUGUGGAAAAAAUAUAUAUAUAUUAGAGUUGCUUUUUUGGCAGAUAUUUCAUUAACAUUUGGUACUGGGAAGUGUACAUUGAAAAGUGCAUUCUCACACACACACACACACACACACACACACACACACACACACACACCACACACUUCAUUAAUUUGCCUUUCUUUUGGAAUGGACUUUGUCUUUCAGUUAUACAUAUCUAACUGAGGGCCAAAUUCAGCUCUCUGUUUAACUGAUGCAACUCCCAUAGACUUCAGUGAAGGUUGCACCAUUGUAACUGAGAGCAAAAUUUAAACUUCAGUAUUUCUAAGUCAGAAAUUUAAACCAAGUUUCAGAAUUUGAUUAAUAAAGACCCUGAUUAAGGAAGGUACUUACACUCAUGUCUACCCUCAAGUAUGUUAGUUCAACUGAAGUCAAUAGACCUGUCAUGUCCUUAAAGUUAGACAUGUGCCUAAGUAUUUUGCUGAAAUGGGGCCAAGUUGACUUCAGGAUUUGCUUUAGAAUCCAUUCCUAGGAUGACAGUUUUAAAACUCACAAAUAAUGUCCUCCUUGUGCCAUGGACUACGCAAAGGUCAUUACUUUGCAAGUUUGUUUAGGAUUAAUCUCUAAUUUCAAAAAGGAAUCCCACAGCUGGUCUAGAGCUCACUACCUGAAAAGAGCUAUCAGAGGAAGAACUGACUUUCAAAGAUUUUUGAGAAUUUAAAAUUACAUUUUCACCUCUAAUCUCUCCAUCUCAGCAUGUUUCACUUCCCAAUGCAUUGCCAUGGGACCAGCCCACAGCUAGCCCCUAUCACCCUGUCUACCCAGUCCCAUGAAACUUCCCAGCCUAUGUUGAUCCCUUCCUGGAACUCCUUUAGCCAUUCAAGACUCACCCUAGCUGGCAUCGCACACUAAAUCACUCAUCUGGCUUCUCUCUUGGAUCCCCACUAACCACUCCCUGACACAUCUUUACAUCUAGGCCGCAGAGACUGAUUAUCACCACCACUUCCCCAUGCAGCAGUUGGACCUUCUCCCCAUCAGACCACACCCAAAUCUUCUUUCUCCCCCCCCCUACCCCGUUCCCUAUAUGUGGGGGGAAGUAGAUCUUCUUUAUGCCUCCUAGUAGGCAGGGAAUUAUGGCUGCAUCCUUCCCUUUUUCUCCUUGCUGUGAUGAUACAGCUGUUUGCUUCAGUUCCCAUCUCCUCUGCACAGAACAGUAGGUUUGGCUAGGAGCAGAGAGCACAGGAAAGGAGUCAGAUGGAUCAUAACAGUCCCCCAUGGCAUGGAUGGAGAUCUUCAGAUUAGGUCUGCCCUAUUCGAUGCUGGAAUACAGAAGGCUGAAAUAUGGAGAUACUUAAGUGUUAUAUCCUUGGGGGCAACAGUUUUAGGAAGAAAUCACUGGAGACACAGAGAGCUGUAAAUCUUGGAGCAGCCAUUUAUUGCUACACACACAACUAACCAACAGCCAGCCCAACUGGCUGGGCUAUCCCCUAAUAAUCUAACUCCGUUGCCACUGUAACACAAGAUUCUGUUACCACGACAACCAAAUACACAACAUAUUCCUCCCCCCUUAAUAAGAAUGUCCCCAAAAUAAAACAAACACUAACUGCCUCCAGUCCCGGCUAAACCCCGGGGAUUAUUUUGCCCUGUAACCGUGGGUUCACCCUAGCUAAAGAUCCAGCCUACGAGGAGGCCUUCUGUCUCUAGAUUAUGGCGGACUUCUGGUAUUGUUGCACCCAAAACCGUCUUGGGCGCGGGCCUGACAAUGGGCUCAGGGUUCGUAGGGCGAAGGGGUGAGGAUGGGGUAUCAGCUCAUGCCGGGCAGAGGGGUAUCUCUGCCGCUGGCAGUAAUGGGGGGGAAAGUCAGGAACAGGUGACUCUUGAUUCAGUGUCUCGCCGGAGGUGGUGAAGUCAGGCAACUCAACUGAAGAUGAGUCCUGAGGACUGGUAUGACCUGGCAGCAGCUGAUCUACAUGUCACCGCCAGGUGAGAUCCUCUGCAGUCCGGAUUGUGUAGGAAACAGGUUCCAUUUGAGCGAUGACAGAGGCAGGGACCCAUUUAGCUACAGAAGUAUAAUUCCGAGCCAAAACCAGCUGUCCUGGGCUAAAAGUUCGGUCUUUCGCUCUGGGUGCACGCCUGAUGACUUGAUCUUGCUGCUGAUGUUGCACAAUUUGUCGGGUUUCAGCAGAUCAAAGCAAGUGUACAGCUGUCAUCCCAUCAUUAGAAAGGCCAGGGAUGCCUUGGUCAUAGCAUGAGGUGUGUUUCUGUAGGAUAGUAAGAAGGUGUCCAGACACUUUUGAAUGGAUAAUUGUCCCCUUGCCGAUU